CGUUCGGUUCGUUUGGUUCAGAACUGCUGGAAAGCGAGCUCGACUAACGGCGUCCGGUGGACAUUUCGCGCGCGGUGGUCCUUCGCGGUUAUACCUGCACAAAUUAAAGCAUAUACAUACCGAGCUAUACAUACGUGUGUGCACGGAGGGUUUAGUAAUUUAUUGCGAAUUCGGUGUCCUGCGAGGACAAGGGUGUGUGUUUGGAACCUGUACAAAGGAUUGUCCGUGUUCGUAAAUCACAUUGCGCCGGUAGCGAGAAGCAAGACAAGGAAGCACAGCAACAGGAGCUAUCGCGAGCCUUUGGGGCUUCCAUAGUCUACAUGUAGGGGCAACCGUGGAAGAAUUCUUGCAGGCGCGGUCGAUACGGCAGUGCUGUGUCAUACCCCCCUCGCUCGGAGCCAGGGAGGGCGGUUUACUUUUUGUCGGGUGUAUCGUUGUUAUUAUUUUUUAAUUUGCAUAAAUUAAAGAACCGAGAAAAUGAUAAAAGUGUAACGGUUUAUGGGCACUGCUCACGACAGGACAACGCAAGGAGGAAAAUAUUUGUGCUCCAUGGCCCUCCCAGUUUCGUUCGGGGCAUAUUCAGGGGGCUGUUUCAAUCGAUACCGUGCUCGGAAGUGAUUCGUGGGCGACUUUGCUCUAACAUCUGGCGGUGAAGUUUAUGGGAAAUUGCGUGAGUUAAUUUAUGGUCGUCGUGGAAGGAGUGUAAAAUUUUGAGUGACACGUCCAUCGGAUUCAAUUAGAUGCAAUAGUCAUCAACGGGAUCGUGAAAUCUGAUAGUUGUUGGUUGACCGGGACUGGCCGCAAGGUGAGAAAGGAAGAGGUCAGCACAGCCAUCAGCUCCAGACAGCGAGGCUCGAGUCUAAUUUAUGUCAAUAUACAUUACACACCCAUAUAGUAUGAAUUCCUCUGAGAGCCACUUUGGCCAUGGACGACCUCAAGUGUGUUAAUGUGCUUGAAAAUUGUUGUUGAUGCUCCCGGUCAGGACGAGUGGCCUCGUGUAAUAUCAAUUAUAGUACCAUCGUAUUAAUUAUAUCAGUGUUGACCGCAAAGUGCAACCCGAGCCAACCGAAAGCCUGGAGCGUGGUGCGCGUCGUUCUAUGUGACUAGAAAUUACGCACAUGCAUAAAUCAUUCGGCGCUGGUGCACACAAGAAAUUCUGCCCUCUCGGAACCUCCUGAAGCGCCGUGCUCGUUCAAGCGUGCUUGCGGUGCUGGUGGUGACCCUGCUGUGUUAGUUGGUGCUACAAAUUGGUUCAUAGUGCAAAGCUUCCGUUUUGGCAUAAUCAGCACCGAGUUCGAAUUGUGUAUGCGGUGACGAGUGCUUAAUCAUUAUUAGAUUACGAGAAGCUGCGGUUGACCACAGAAUCAGUGACCACGAAACGCGAUUACGAGACCCGAGCCAAGGCAGCUUUUACUCGCUCGGAACGGAAUCUUGGGGUUUGGGUGGUCCAGUGAUAACAAUCGAAGAAGCUUGCCGGGUUUACUCAAGUGUCCUGUCCCUCGUUUGCCCCAAGUGGGUGCAGAAAUCAAUCACGUUGACCACAACAAAGCGAGAAAAAAAUUGCUCGAUGAGCUGUGAAGGAAUGUUUCAGUGAUACGAUUAUCUACUUCUGGAAAUUGGAGAAGAGCCCUGCCACCGAGUUGCCUAGCGCCGAGUGCGUUCCAUUGUGAAGUGAUUGAGUGUUGUGUGAAGAUUUCUGAUAUCGAUAGGCAGUGGUUUUCGUGAUUGCGUGAUAAGAGGUUGGGUCGAUGUGUUAUUGAUUGAUUUUCGGGAACCCGACCCAUCGAACGAAGACAACGCCGACGAAGAAGCAUAUCCCCGAAGCUGGAACAAAUCGCACUUCACCGUCAUCAUAAGGCAAGGUACGAUGGAUUUACUGGAUGCAACAUUGUGGUGAUGUUUUCGCAAAUGUGUAAUUAAGGAAGAUAGCGGGAAAAUGCCAAACAACUUCAGCAGAAGCAGCCAUCACAAUCAAAGAAGCAACGGCCCCAACGACAGUCCCGAGCAAAUCUGAACACAUAUCGAAAACCGAAACCAAAUUUGCAAACGCAACGAAAUAUAUCAAUUAGAGAGCACAAUCAGGGUGACGAGAAAAAAAAAAGAUUCUGUCAUCGCUAUCCUAACCGGGAACUGGUGGUAAUUAUUGUUUGUUGAGUUCGAUUGGAUGAGAAAAUGGCAGCCAUUCGCUCACCGGAAGUGCUAACCAAUGCCGUUUCCUGGUGGAACAAGUUCGUACUGGUGCUGGUUUUCUUGGAGGUGUUUGCUCAUGUCGAAACGCUGGAUCUAGAAAAAUGCAAAAAUCCAUUAGGAAUGGAGUCCGGUGCCAUCAACGAUUCGCAGAUAACGGCCAGCUCGGCGCACGAUAUCGGCAACGUUGGGCCACAGCACGCGAGAUUGAAAGUGGACAACAAUGGAGGCGCGUGGUGUCCCAAGCAUAUGGUUUCCCGCAACCUGAACGAGUACCUGCAGAUCGACCUGAAGAGGAUGCACGUCGUCACGGCCAUCAAGACCCAGGGCCGCUUCGGCAAGGGACAAGGUAGAGAAUACACCGAGGCGUACGUGCUGGAAUACUGGCGUCCGGGCUUCUCCAAGUGGAAGCGAUGGAAAAACACCCGCGAUAAUGAGAUCCUGUCCGGGAACACAAACACCUACAGCGAGGUGGAGAACCUCCUGCAGCCAAUUAUCUAUGCGUCGAAAAUUCGCAUCUAUCCGUACAGUCAGUACGAUCGGACGGUUUGCCUCCGGGCGGAAAUCAUCGGCUGCGAGUGGGACGAGGGACUACUCUCCUACAGCAUACCGAAGGGUGUGAUCCGUGGCAUGGAGGUUGACCUGUCGGAUCGCACCUACGAUGGGGAGGAGGAAGGCGACCGCCUCGUCGGGGGCCUCGGUCAGCUGGUGGACGGCCAGAAGGGAGCCGAUAACUUUCGCAUCGAUAUCCACGGUUUCGGCAAGGGUUACGACUGGGUCGGCUGGCGCAAUGAUUCACUCGGCUGGGCCGGAAAACCAGUCGAGAUGGUGUUCGAGUUCGACACGGUGAGAAACUUUAGUGCCAUGGUUCUGCACACCAACAACAUGUACAGCAAGGACGUACAGGUAUUCCUCCAAGCAAAAGUGUACUUCAGCAUCGGGGGCCAGCACUUCAGCAGCGAGCCGGUGCAGUUCUCCUACAUGCCGGAUGCGAUUAUGGAGAGCGCUCGUGAUGUCACGAUCAAAUUACAUCACCGCAUCGGACGGUACAUCCAGGUUCACCUCUACUUCGCCAUGCGGUGGAUUAUGCUGAGUGAAAUAUCGUUCGUUUCCAGUCCCGUGAUUGGCAACUUCUCCGACGAGGAAGCGAACGGAAAUUCAAUCUCGCAGGAAAAUUCUAUCGAAUAUCCGCUGCAGCGAGACGAAGUGCAAACCGCCAACAAAGGCGAGCGGAACCAUGUGACGCAAAUCAUCUCGCCGAAGCCCAUCGACCAGGAACCGGAGCCGCACUUUAUCGGUGUCAUCAUCGCGGUCCUGACCACCAUCAUCCUGCUGCUGAUCGCCAUCAUCCUGUUCAUCGUGGCCAAGAACAAACGCACCCGAACGGCGGCCGUCCUCGACGCACUGCAGCACAAUUUGCAUACGGACAGUCUGGGAAUCGACAAGCGGCUGAAUAGCAAUUUCAAGGUUUCGAUAGACGAUAACGAAUCCAUUGACAAAAGCAGUCUCUACCACGAACCGUUUAAUGUGAACAUGUACACUAGCGCCGCCAGUGGGUGCUCGAUGAACGAUAUGCAGCGACAUCACAUCACACCGGAUUAUACAGAUGUGCCCGAUAUCGUGUGCCAGGAGUACGCCGUGCCGCACAUGCAGGACCUGAUACCGAAGAUUCCCGGCGGGUACGUGAGCGUUCGGCUGACGCCACCGACACUGAACAAUAUCUUCCCGAAGCCGCCGCCGGUGCCGCCACCGCCGGAGAAGUACUACGCUGCCACUGCCAUUUGUAAAUCAUCAACCGCUCCCACGACGCCCUCGAACAAUCAACAGAGCAACCAGCAGCAGCAACUGAACGCUUACAGCGAUCUGGAUCACGGUGUCUCGGACGAUGAUUUACAGCUCAGCGAGUAUCCCCGGGAUAAGCUGGUGAUAGUGGAAAAGCUCGGCUGCGGCGUAUUUGGCGAACUGCACCUCUGCGAAACCAAAGGAUACAGUUCGAACCUGGUCGCAGUGUCAACGCUUCGCCCCGGAGCGUCAGAGCACGUCAAGAAGGAGUUCCGGGCGAAGGCCAAGCAGCUCAGCCGACUGAAUGACCCGAACGUGGCGAGGCUGGUCGGUGCCUGCCUGAAGGACGAGCCGAUUUGUAUCGUUUUAGACUACAAGUUCGGUGCAGACCUGAACCAAUUCCUGCAGGAGCACACGGCCGAAACUGGCACGCUGGUGCAGCAUAAUUCUUUAAGCUACGGAUGUUUAAUUUACAUCGCAACACAAAUAGCCUCCGGUAUGAAGUAUCUAGAGCAAAUGAAUGUAGUGCAUCGUGAUUUAGCAGCGAGGAGCUGUUUAGUAGGACCACAGCUGGAGAUAAAAAUCUGUACACUAGGAACUGUGAUAAACCGCAUUGCAUAUCCUGCAGACUACUGCCACCUGGAGGGAGCAGGAAGACAAUCACAACCGAUGCCAAUCCGGUGGAUGGCCUGGGAGAGCGUCCUGAUGGGUAAAUUUACAUCAAAGUCUGACGUGUGGUCGUUCGCUGUGACGCUGUGGGAAAUCCUCACCUUCGCCCGGGAGCAACCCUUCGAGAAUCUGAGCGACGAGAAGGUGAUCGAAAACAUCGGUCACAUGUACCAGGACAACAAGAAACACAUCCAACUACCGAUCCCGGUCGGAUGCCCCCGCGAGAUCUAUGACUUGAUGUGCGAAUGCUGGCAGCGAAACGAAAACAGCCGACCCAACUUCCGCGAAAUUCACCUUUUUCUGCAGCGGAAAAAUCUCGGGUACAAACCUACUGCUUCUACCUUUUAAUCCUUCUCCUGACUGUCCUUACCAGUCCGUAGUUAACCUCAUCCACCUCCAUCUAGAACCCCUGCUCCCGCUCCCUUGAAACACCCUUCUUACAACUCUAGUGCUUCCAAAGCCUUAUUACCUGUAGUAUAUCACGACACGAUAAUCAUCAUCGUCACUUGCUCACGAUUUCAUCAUCGGCCCUGUAGAAUCGGUUUUGUGGCUGUGCUCUUCAGUUUGUUCAUUAUCCUGAUUAUUUUGUUUCUCAUUUGCGGAAUGUGUCAUCGUAAUUUUCGUUUUUGUUCCGAUCGGUCGGCAUUUUUAAUUGAUUGAAGAGUUGUAAAUUGUGUUCAAAAAAAUAUGUUAAAAAAGAUUAGAAAUUCUUAUGAUUUCAGUACUGUAUGCAUUUCUAAAGUUGAUUUCAGUUAUUCAUUGUGCUGAAUGUUAGGAUUUAGAGGAUAAAGCAUGCAAAACUAACAUUGCCUCAUAACUUUUCUCCGACUUUUAUAGUGAAUACUUUCAUCACAUUUAAAGAUCAGAAAAAGAAGAAGAAUAAAACAAACGGAAGAAGAUGGUGAACAAGCAAAGAGCGCAUAGCAAGUGAGAAUCGAACGAAUUUAUCAAAUCCAAUAAACUUGUUGAAACAGCAGCAAACAGACAAAUACGAGAACGAGAGGAAACGAAGCACGCAAACACUCAUUGAAACUCAUGACAUGAGGCGGGAACUCAUUUGUGCUAACCAAUCCUUCUCUUCCUUGAAGCGGAACAAUCAAGAUGACGAGACUAAGUAAAGCAAAUAAAAAGUAUGGAACAUGACUCUAUCGAAUUAUAGUUAAGAAAGCAAACAACUUUAUUGUGAUCCAAUCGUAGGCAUAAAAUUGAUGAUAAUUUGCAGAAAGUACGGACUAAUUAGUGGAUUUAAAAAGCAAACCUAUAGACACAAAGCACCUUCAUAAAAGCAAACUAAAAGAACCAGCUCACCGAUAAAAUAUCAUCCGGUUUUAUGAGUCAUUAAUUAAUUUGAACGAGGAAAAACGCAACCAUUGAAGAUCGUUUAAUUAUUCAACGUGUAAAUGGUGCAGACUUUUGGCUGCAAUUUAAUGUUUGAUCUAGUAGUCCGUUGCCGUUUGACAUAAGUGUUACCAAGGCAAUCCAAUAAUGUAACGCCACGUGGCGAGAAGGGGCAAAAUGGUGGCCGUGGGCAUCACAUCGCAAAAUGGUGUUUUAUUUUUCUCGGAAACCGCAACAGUAACAUUGAUGUUUUCAAUUUACUGAACGAUGGUAAUAAAUUAUUGAAAUCAUUAAAAUCAUUAAACCGAGAGCGAUAAAUGCAUUAAAAAGUAUUAUGUGUAUUAAAUUUGAUAUCGAUGACGGGAGUCAAACAUUAUUUAAGAGUGUCGCGAAAAUGACCGCCGUCAAUCAUCCCCCUGCUCGGAUUCGAAUCCACGUGUGGCCGCCCCCAGGGCAUACGCAUCACCGCAACGAGAACGAAAACAAAAAAAAAUGCAUCCAAUAUUCAUGAUUAUACAUUUUUAAUCAAUAACAUGAACGCACUCUUGCCGGAUUACGGUUCGUAAGUAGGAAAAAAUUAAAUACCCCUUUUUUUGUCUUGAAUUGAUAAAUUAAAGGUCGAUUUUAAUUUUUAUUUUCGCAUAUUUUCUGCAUAAAUUCGAUGUGUUUUCCCAAGCCCUAAUUUAUUAUAUUUUGUCUCUCUUGAUGAACAAUCAUAACGCCAUGCACCUACUUUCACAUACACAUACAAUGCCAGGCAACCUACAUUGAAAAUGAAAACGAAUAUGAUUAUGAAAACAUUUCAGAACCGAACUAUUUUGCGAUUCGGCUCCGAAAACGACACACAAUCGACAAACACAAGAGGAAAGAAUGAAAGAAUUCAACUAGAAAAAUAUCAAAAUCACUUUUCUAGAAGAGGUUUAUUUUUAUAAUAAUUUGCGUGUUGAUGUGACAUUUUGAAUGGAACAUUUCAAUAACAAACUCAAAAGCAUUAAACAAUCAAAUAAUCUGAACUUUUGAUUAUUCCAAUAAAUAUCCAAUUAUGCAUUUGAUAUAAAGUUUCGUUUUUGUCUCCAAGUGGCUUUAUACUUCAUCUUAAAGUCUGCUCCAUGUCAACUGGAUGAACUCACGUUGAAUAAUUAAUUGAUUAAGCAAAAUUGGUGAUAAAUGAUCGCAAAACCAUCAAUCGUUAAAUUCCUUUAAAAACAGAGGAAAGCGUAAACACAAAAACUUGUACAGAAUAAUUCUUCUUAAUAGGUAGAUUGUCCCUUAUUUCGACGAAUGCAAACCAUUGAUUAGAUUCGAAUUUAUUUUUAGAUCGUAUAAAAAAUUCAACAAAAAUCAUUCGGAAGGGAUCCGAAAACACUUCCAUUGAUCGCGGUCAAUGUCAAUGGAAUUGGUUUUCAACGAAAGCGACUUCACACUCCCUUUUCGUACUGGUGUAGGUUUCAAAUGCGAGUCACACAAAUUUAAGGCAACAAUUUUAAAUGCAAAAAAACUAAAGCAAAGGAAUAAACGAAUGGUAUUAUGUAUCAUAUGCCGUAUUUAUACUCUAACUGAUAAGUAGAUUGUAUUAUAGAUUUUUCCCCGUGUACAUACUGACGAGAGUAAACUGAACAGAAAAGUA